AUGAAGAACAAGCCAUCUGUUUUCUUGAAGCAGAUAACAUCUUCCGUGCUGUCCAGUUCUGUUGCCAAAAUCAAAUCCAUGGCAGCCAAGGGGAAAAUGAGUGAAGCUAAAGCCAGGCUCAUCAUUUCAACACUGAUGAAAAGGACGAAGACUGUUUUGCUCGGUUCAAUCUCCAACAGGAUCCAUGAACUCCUUGGCGACAAGGAGAUCAACCAAGAUCAGCAUGAACAAGACGAUCAAAGCAAAGCCAUUGUUCCAUAUUCCUACGACUUCACGUCCAAUUAUGGUGACGACGAUGACGAUAAAUACCCCGACCUGACGCACUCCUUGUUCGACGAGGAAUUGGAGUUGAAGGCGGUGGCUCACGGCGGAUCCAUCGUGGAGAUGGUGAAGAACUCGAAAGAGGAAGGAGAGGAUUUCCGGUUGGAAGACAAGAUCGAUCACAUUGCGGACUUGUUCAUCACCAGGUUCUACAAACAAAUGCGCCUGCAAAAGCUAUCGUCUUUCAAGAAGCAUCAAGAGAUGAUGGAGAGAAGCGUUUAG